AUGUAUCUACGAGCCGUCCACGCAGAAGCCCAGAUAUCCAUACUCCAGCAACUAAUCCGGGACAACCCUCUGGGAAUUCUCACAACCGCUAUCAAAUCACCUUUAUAUCCCCUUAUCCAAUCGAGCCAUAUUCCAUUUGUGCUGGAUGCUCCAGAGACAUCCGAUGGCAGCCUCUCAAAUGGUGUACUACGCGGCCACAUGGCAAAACAAAACCCCCAGGCAAAAGCACUCAUUGAAGCCUUGACCGCGCAACAAGAGCAAGGCAACACAAGCCUCGAACUGUCAGACGAGGUCCUGGUGCUCUUUAACGGACCACACCAUCAUUAUGUGACUCCGAAGUUCUAUACCGAAACCAAGCCCGCUACUGGAAAGGUCGUUCCCACCUGGAACUAUGCCGCUGCGCAGGCAUACGGCAAGAUCCGUAUCUACUGCGACUCCAAAUCUGAAGAGACGAUGACCUUCUUGCAAAAGCAAAUCGAGGAACUGUCACAUCAGUCUGAAACGUCGAUCAUGAAAUAUUCUUCUCCAUGGCAGGUGUCUGAUGCACCUGUUUCCUAUGUUGAGCUCCUGAAGAAGAACAUCAUCGGGAUUGAGAUUACCAUUGAUCGCUUACAGGGGAAAUUCAAGAUGAGUCAAGAGAUGGGUCAGGGCGACCGAGACGGUGUUAUUAGUGGGUUUGAGAAUUUAGGGACGGAUGCUGGAAAAUGCAUAGCCAAUAUAGUAAGGGAGAGGGGUGAAAUGAAAGAUAAGAAGUGACCAGUAAAAAGACUAUUUUCUGUGCCACUAUGCGAAUACA